UUCCAUGUUCUUUAUAUUGUGGGAGACCGGAUACAGUGAAUGUGGGGUCCGGGGAGAACGGAUAUAGUGAAUGUGGGGUGCGGGGAGAGCGGAUAUAGUGAAUGCGGGGUCCGGGGAGAGCGGAUAUAGUGAAUGCGGGGUCCGGGGAGAGCGGAUAUAGUGAAUGCGGGGUCCGGGGAGAGCGGAUAUAGUGAAUGCGGGGUCCGGGGAGAGCGGAUAUAGUGAAUGCAGGGGUCCGGGGAGAGCGGAUAUAGUGAAUGCAGGGUCCGGGGAGAGCGGAUAUAGUGAAUGCGGGGUCCGGGGAGAGCGGAUAUAGUGAAUGCGGGGUCCGGGGAGA